UCAGGUCGCGAGACUCCAGGGACUAUAAAGCGCUGCUGCCCAAACCCGGACGGGUUCAGAGAGCAACGUGACAGCCGACCGGCCUCCGCCCAGCGUCCCCACUCCGCGCCGCGCGCCGCGUGAGGCGAAGCCAGGCCCCGGAGCGGCGCGCGCACCCGCCGCCUCACGUCGCGUGACUCGGCGAGAGCGCGCAAGGUUAGCGCCCGCCCUCGCCGCUUCUGACGCAACCCUCGGUUCAGGUUCCGGGGCGCUGCGGAUCCUCCGGCCUGUGGGUCGCGCGGCGAUCUCCGGAUUCCGGGGCCGCGCGGCCUGCGGCGGCCGGGAUGGAGGAGGCCGGGGAGGCCGAACUGAAUUUGUCGCGUCUCAGCAUGUCCCCUGAGACGCUGGAGUCGGAGCUGGAGUCGCGGGGCGAGGAGCGACGCGGCGCACGGGAGGCGGUGCUGCGGCUGCUGCUGCCACACAACCGUCUGGUGUCGCUGCCGCGGGCGCUGGGCAGUGGCUUCCCGCACCUCCAGCUGUUGGACGUGAGCGGAAACGCGUUGACCGCGCUCGGGCCCGAGCUGCUGGCGCUUCGCGGCCUGCGCACGCUGCUAGCCAAAAACAACCGGCUCGGCGGGCCCGGCGCGCUGCCCAAGGGUCUGGCCCAGUCGCCUCUCUCUCGCAGCCUUCAGGUGCUCAACCUCAGCGGGAACUGCUUCCAAGAGGUGCCCGCCUCGGUGCUGGAGCUGCGCGCCCUGCAGACCCUCAGCCUGGGCGGCAACCAGCUGCAGAGCAUCCCGGCGGAGAUCGAGAACCUGCAGAGUUUAGAAUGUUUAUAUCUUGGAGGAAACUUCAUCAAAGAAAUCCCACCAGAAUUAGCAAAUCUGCCUUCUCUAAAUUACUUGGUACUGUGUGACAACAAAAUCCAAAGUGUGCCUCCUCAGCUUUCACAGUUGCAUUCGCUUCGUUCCCUCAGUCUUCACAAUAACUUGCUGACCUACUUGCCUCGGGAAAUCCUCAACCUUGUUCAUUUGGAAGAAUUGAGUUUGCGAGGAAAUCCAUUGGUUGUUCGUUUUGUUAGAGAUUUAACCUAUGACCCUCCAACUCUUCUGGAAUUAGCUGCACGGACCAUUAAAAUUCGAAAUAUUUCUUACACUCCAUGUGAUCUUCCUGAGAAUCUUCUUAGAUACUUGAGUUUAGCCAGUAAUUGCCCAAAUCCAAAGUGUGGAGGAGUCUACUUUGACUGUUGUGUCAGACAAAUAAAAUUUGUGGACUUCUGUGGGAAGUACCGCCUCCCACUGAUGCACUACUUAUGUUCGCCAGAGUGCUCUUCCCCUUGCAGUUCCUCUCACAGCUCUACAUCCCAGAGUGAAUCUGACUCGGAAGAUGAAGCCAUUGUUGCUGCACGCAGAAUGCAAAAAGUCCUUCUUGGUUGAAGGAAUGCAAGGUGGUAUACAGUACUAAAAGACUAAGCAAAGGUGGUUAGAAAAGAAAAUAAACUUUGAAGUUCGCUAGAAACCUUAUCUUCAUCUUGUCCACGAAAGAGUCAGAGGUGAUGGAAAAGAUUUUAUGUUUCACCUACCUAUUCAGUAGGAAUGAGUCCAGUUCCAUGUUUGGAUUCUUUGAAUAUGAUUCAUUCUGAAUGGCAGUUUCAAAUUUGGCUGAUUGUUUGCAGUUUUCACUCAAGGUUCACGUGACUCACACAGCAGACUAGAACAUUCUGAAGAACAGUGCUAUAAUAAACCAUGAGUGGUGUAACCUGUGACAGUUGAGAUGAAGAAAGAAAGGAUCAAAGCUGUAAUUGUUAUCAGAGUUGUCCGUGGGUUUAGGUUGAACACUAUACCAUAAUAGGAUUAGCCUUCCCUUCACGUAUUGCCCGUACGUCUAUAUUGCAGAGCUGUUCAGAUAAGCUCACAGAUGGUUAUGUAGGACCUAAACCUUUCUGACCUACUAACUGGUAAAGUAAGGGAUAUAACUUUAUGUGGGAUUUUAAAGCUCUUUAGUUCUGCCCCUUUAUUCCAAGUGAUUAUUGUUACCCUUAGUUAGUCCAGCAGUGACUGUUAUAAUGCCUUAAGUCCUAGCAAUGAUUUAGAGGUUUAUUCAAGAAAUAAUGCCAGAGCAGCCUAUAACCUGACAUACUAUGCAGAACACUUCAAAAUAUGCUUUAACAGAACUAUGUAAAAUACUUGAAUAUAUAACAUCUGAGCUUAUGGCCAGCUUAACUUCAUUUUUUGUUUGAACAUUAAGUAAUCCCCUACAGAUCACUUUACACUUAAUGGGAGGCCAGUCUUAACCAGUCUGUUCAUAACACAGAAUAAUCAUUUUUGAUUGAAAAACCAGUCACAUUUCUUUUGGUAGAAAAGAAAUGUAAGCCAGUAAAGCUUCUUUGUAUCUUGAAUUAAAAGAGUGGGAAAAUGAUUUAAAAAAUUUUAACCAUUAGGUAUGACUCCAUUGCCUGUGUGUACUGAAUUGUAACUUUCUUUACAUUUUAAAGAAACACUAGAAAAACAUUACAACAAGCCAGAUAAAAUUGAGGGCAGCAAUCGUAUUUGUACACAAUAGAGCACCAAAACCAGUUUAACCAUGGUAUAUUUUUUGAAAAUAAUAUAUUGAUAACAAAAAUUUAUUAAAUAUAUCUUUAAAGUAUAUGCAGAAAAAGUUUCACAGAUUAAUUGCUUUUAGGAGUGACCAAAUUUUAUUAAUCAGUUUAAUAUGCAAUAAAAAUUGAUAUUUCAAUUAUGAGUUGAUAUUAUAAAAUAAAAUACAAAACACAUACAAUCACUAGAUCAUUAGCCUAUAAUAACAUGGUGGUUCAUUGGUAAAUGUUAGCUAUACAGUAAUACACAGGUCAGAAAUGCAUUGGAACAUGAGAUGAUCUCCCUUGUGACUUACUGGCAAUCCUGAUUAGGCACACCAUUUCUUAAAAGCAUAUUGUUUUACAAUAAUGAUAUAUCCCUGUAUUAGAUUUUUGUCACAUAUUAUUUUUUAUUUUAGAAGAAAAUAUACUGUAGGAUAGUUUAGAGUUUGUUUGUCUGUUAUAUGUUAAUUCAUGAAACACCAUGAGAGUUUCAUGACUGCAGUUGUGAAACGCUGCUAAUGAGUGAAAACCUUCCCCUUGUUAUAAUGUAGUUAGAAUCUUUUUUCCUUUUGAUUAUGAAAUUUUCUAUAUCUCUAGAAGUAAUCUAGUAUAUUUCUACUGCCUAGCAAAGUAAUGCAUAGGUGAUUAUAUUGCACAAUGGAAGUAAUAAAAAACCUUUGUUUACUUCUCCAUUUGAGCCGCAGCAAGCUACAUACUACAAAAUUAUGAACAAUAAAGAUGACUUAAGCAGUGCCUCAGUGGCAAGCCCAAAAUAUUUUGUACUAAGUGACUUAGUUUAGAUACAUAAAAUAUUUUCAUAGAAAAUAAUGUAUUAAUACUCAAUAGGACCAAAUUUUUCUGGCUUAAAUGCCUCAGUUUACUUCCUAAUUCAUUACCAGCUUAACCUGAAUAACAGCUUGGGUAGUCUAAGAGUUAGUCUUUGUCAGAUAAUUUGGUUGGUAUGUAAAUGUGGUAUUUAACCUACAUACCAUAUUUCUGGCUUCCCAGAAAGAAGAUAAACUGAGCUUUUACAGAUAUAAAUACGUCUAACCAGAAACAGUUUUUUAGCCUUUGCUAUAUAAUGUAGAUGUAUUCCAUAGUACACAACAAAAUAUCUUUCCACGUAAUGUUUGUUAUGGUUCUUUAUAUGUAUAUUUGAAAAUCUAAGCUCUGUGUCCAACUGUCUCUGGUAACUUUUACUGAAAUCUACAUUAUAGCUGUUAGUUUUAUCUUUCUUUUAAUCCUUAACCUAACAUUUUACAAGAGCUGCUAAUAAUUUCUAAGAUUUUCCCUGUUUUUUUUUACCCUACCUUCCCUUUUUCAUAACUGGUGAUUGUAGAAAUUAACCUGAAGGUGAGAUAGAAGGGACUUGAUAUUCUAAAAACCAGAUAAUCAACUCCUGAAUCAUAUAGCCAACUAUGUAUUUAAAAUGAUAGUCUUUAUGUCUUUAAUUUGCAUGUUUAUGUUUAAACUACAGUUAAUAAACUUUAACUGUAUUUUUUUAGAUUUAUAGAAUCUGCACCAAUUUUCAUAAUGAAAUAAGUUUUUAUAUUGCUCCAUUGGGCAGUUUUAGUGACCAAAGCUUGUGUGGAUAAAACUACUUAACCAAAGCAGUAAUGUGUUUAGAAGGAAAUUAUUCAGUGCUAAUAUUUGAAACUGAAAUGGGUUCAUUGAACAUUCUUAAUAAUCUUUAUUCCUAGAAUCCAGUUCUCAGUGUCACUAAACUGAGUUGUGAACUAGAUUUAGGAUUUUAGGAAAUAGUAAGAUAUGCUAAUACAAUAUUUUGCUUUCAUGGGCCAGAGAAUGGCUGACCUAAGGACAAACUAGUCAGGGUUCUCAAUAUUCCCUGUAUCUGAGUAGUAGAGAUAAGUCUGAGAGUUACUCUUCAUAUUUUAUUGCUAAAUGUGUGUCAGACGAGUCUCUUAUUCUUGAGUUCUUGAUAUUUAGAACUUUUAAGUUACCAAAUUUAAAAGUAAAAAUUUUCAUUGUAAUGUGUACCUCAAAUUUGAGAAACUUUUGUAUUGUUGUAAAUAAAAAUUAAAGGCAUUUUACAUUAGUGCAGUGUAAUACUGCAGACCAAUUCCACCAAACAUUGUAAAUAGCAAUUUUAAACAAAAGAAGAGAAGGAAAAGGCUCAUUGCUGGAGUGUGAAAUGAAAGAAAUCUUUUAAAGCAACAAAAGGGCAAGGGAAGAGAUGUCACCAAGUAUAACCCUGAGCCAGAAAAGUUCUUUAAAGCAAUAGUGAAUUGUUUUAAAAUUAAGUGGCCCACUGACUACAAUCCGAAAGCCUUUAUCACUAAUUUUUUUUUUUAGUUUCUGCUAUUGGGAGAUGUUUGCAUCCCUCCAUGAAGAAAGGCCAGCAAAUAACAGGAUUUUCUUAUAGCCAACCUUGCUCUUUCCAAAGGGAGAAAGUGAUAACACAUUAACCUGGAAUUUGUGGUAUAGCCUUGGUUAAUGUUUACCUUUUCAUUCUGUAAAAAAGAAAAAAUACUAAACAAAAAAUUACUACAAAUAAAGUUUGAUCUUUUAAAGCAUUUUAUAUAAAAAUUAUUCUAAAUAAUAAGACCUUUUGUAGGCAAAACUUUAUCAGUUAUAGUAUGUAUAUAUAAAAUUUGUUACUCCACAUUUAUUUAGAAAUACUUAAUUUUUACCUAAAUGACUCCCUUUCUUCUUAUUCAAAGUAGAGAUUUUAUUAUAGCAGUAUAGAUAUUAUUUCCAUUUAGUCCAAAAUAGUGAGCUUUUAAUAGUGAGCUGGGUGUUUAACAGUAAAGGCUAUUGUAUAGGUUUUUAGGUAACAUGAUCUAUAAUACAUAGUUCUGAUUCCCUCUGUAUGGAAAAGAAGUACUUGACCUUCACUGUCUCUGUAUUAAGCACUAUAUUGUAUAACAUUAAUGUGAUAAUUUAAUAGCAUCCAAUUUUGUAUUUCUGUUAAUAGUCAUGAUCUUUUUAAAGGUAGCAGUGUCUUCAGUUGUGCUCAGAAAAUACGUGCCUUAAAUCCUCUGCGCUAAACCCAAAGCGUGGAUAACUACAUCGUUUAAUUCAGUUGUUUGGGACAGCCUUGUCACCCUUCGCAUUUGACUUGAGGGAGAAAAACUGUGAUCUUCAGGGAUUCCUUCCCCUAAAAUAGGGUCUAAUGUCUGUGAGUCUAGGGCUUCCAGGGAGGGAAUCCCAAUCAUGCAUACCGUCAGAAGGUCAAAACCAUAAUGAUAAGGUACCCUGAAAUAAAAUCAGUUAAAAGGUAUGUUCUCUUUUAUAUUAUUUCAGAAAGAAAAUAUAUCUGCUACCACUAAGGGAUGACAGCAGUUUCCUACCAACUGCACAUUAAUAACACCAUAUAAAGAUACUACCAUGAGGCCUAGCGUAUUUUGUGAGUGGCUUCUUUGUAGUACUAGGAUGAAAGGUAGUGAUAUAUUUUUAAUAUCUUUGCAUGUAAAUAUCUUCAUUUUUUUUUUCUUUCCUUGGUCCAUUAUUGCCAAUAAUUGAUGUAGAAAAUAACAGUUCAUUAAGAACACACAUUACACUAACAGGGUAAUACUGAUUUGGGUGCUACUAGACUUUUACCUAGCAUUGGUCUCAAUUUAUCAUAAGAGACAGUAUUCAGUCUAGUAAAUAUUAAAAUGUAUUAGUUUAAUGAAAGUUAUUUAUAUACCAUCAUGCCAGAAGGCCAUGGUUGGAGAGACUAUCUGCAUUCACCAGAAUUUAUUUACUUCAUUUGGCUGUGAAUAAAUUGCAUAAAAUUGUUUUUAUUCCAAAUUCCAGUUAGGGGAAGAAACCAGGAUAAGAUUGACAUCACUAUUGCUGGUACUACAAAAAAAUUACUAAACUGGUUAAUUCUUCUGUCAACAUCUGAUAUUUUAAGAGAAUCCUUUCACUAAAAAAUGGUUGACGUUUCUGAGCCCGAUUUGUAUUCAUGAGAAACAAAACCAUAAUGGGAGGAAUAUUUUAAAUAAUCAGUAUUUAACUUUUUAUAAAGUUUGAGACUUUAAAGUAUCAACAAAGGAUAUUGAAAAUAUAUGUACUUUAGUCAGAUUACUUUUAUUUCUGAUUUUUAAAUUUUCUGUAUUUCAAAUCUUGUGAAUUAGGAAUAUCUAUAGGUACAUGGAAUAUCUGUCUAUAGCUCAAUGGUAACAAUAAAUGUAAUUCGGCGACAUGAUUCAAUAAUUAAAUUUUAUUUUCAGGACAAGAUAUAGUUUAUUGCAUCAAAUUUGUGUAUUACCUUGUAUUGGUAAAUGCUCUAAAGAGAAUAUUUAAGCCACUUCAGUUCUAUACCUCCUUUAUUCCCUUAGGACACACAAAAGAAUGUGAUCUUCUAUUAACUAAUCCUCUGUGUGAAUUUUGCCAUAUCAAACGUUGUGCUGUGUUAUAUUAAACAUGUUUUGCUUAAAUCUGAUUCUAUAUUCUGGGAAAGUAACAGUAUUUUAGCUUUAAUAGACAAGCAUUUGUUUUAAAAAAACAAAUUCUUAUAAUAUUGAUAUUUGCCUGAUUACUUGCUAUAUGCCAUUGCUCAUCUGUUUAUUGAAUUUUUUCAAUAAAGCAUAUAUUAGCAUUUA